UCGUAACGUGCCAUUCGCAUGACAGGAAGAAACUAGAAAUAAACGUCCAAGAGCCAUUGUGCCUUAAUUUUGAGCUUAAAAAGUUUCAUUAAGGAAAGGAAUUGCAAUUCAUUUAGUGAAGAUGAAAAUCCCAGAAUCGAAACCAAUGCAAAUGUCCGUUGAAACGGAAACUGUCAUGAACGUUUCGCAGGUACAAAUAUCUGGAAGUUGCUCAAAAAAACCUUCCUUUGAAGCUUUGAAAUCUAAAAAGAAUAGCUCGAAGAAGAAAAAGGUUUCAGUGCCAAAUGUCAUAACUUCGAAGUCAGCAAUGUUCGCUGCGAGAGUUGCAUCUGCUGUUGACCAAGAUUCCAAUGAUGAGGAAAGCGAGAACUUUGUAUACGAGAGUGUAAAUUCUCCAUUUGAUGAAGAUUCUCAGCAUUCACCAUCAAAUUCUAUUCGAUCUUUACAAGCUUGCAAUCUUCCUUUAGAAAUGUUGCCGCCCAUCAAUCAUGUUUCUCAUUACGGCGCUACUUGCUCAAAUGGCACUUCCCUUGGCGCUACUAACUGGUCUCCAAAGAUUGUUCCUAAACGAUCAGCAAAGUUUUCUUCCAUUCCUGCUGCUGCAUCUACUGACUUGAAAAAUAUGAGUCCUACUGCCACGACUCGUGGGCUCGCUACACAUUUUCCAAAUCAUAUCCCUAGUACCAAGACCCAUUUAUUACAAAAAGAUAACUCCCAAUCUUGGCAUUCUCAUCACAGUCGAUUUCUGAGUGAAACCUUGUCGAAAUCGGAUUCUUCCCCCACCUCCUAUUCUAGGUAUUUCCUGUCAAAGCGAUUAUUUAUUCUUCUGCUUUUAGCUGGUAUUUUUCUGUUCCUGUUAUCGUACGUCUAUUACAUGCUGGACUUUAUUUAAUACUACAUUAUUGGACUAUGGCUGACUUUCUGUAUUCCUUCUUCCUUCAUAUUAAAAGUUUAUGCUAUCAAUAUCUAGUCUUAAAAAAUUUUUGACUAGAGCUUUUUGUUGACUAAGAAUUUUCUGCAUGUUUAAUAGUUCCGACCUGUUCAACUAAAAGACAUUCUGAUCCGUCUUAAUUGCUUUAUGCCCUGUUUCAUGUUUUGCUCCUAAUGUUAAUCGUCCGUUCCGUUCCUACUUAAUUUUAAUAUCCGUUUUAUCUUUCUGCGUAGUUGAUAUGAUUUUAUUACGUUUAAUCUAUAAUGUUCUUUGCAUUACUCGUACCUCACCUUCAUUAUUUGUUUGGAUUAGGAAUAAAAUAAUUUCUUUGUCUACGGUCUUCUCUACUUCAUUGUUGAGAGUAAGUAUAAGCAACAGUUUCUCGAGUUAGUUAUAUCAACUCAAAGGUACUGAAAAGAUAUUGGUGGAACUUAGUUGCUCCGUUGUGUUGAAUGCUUGUUACCUUUCGUAAUGAUGAAUUCCGAAAAAUAUAGAAACAAAUGUUAAUGUGGAUGGAUGGUUGUUUACUGAGUAAUACGAUCUUGAUCAGCUGUACUUUGUGGUUUUUACUUUCGUGGUUGUUGUGAAAUAGAUUGAUUCUUUUACUUAGAAACAUAUUCAUUCAUGAAUGUAAAUUAGAUAAUAUAUUAUACACCCUUCCUAAUAUUAUUCUAUUAACUCUUGC